GCGAGUGGGGAACGGUAACAAACACUUUAAAAGAGACCAGAUAAAUUGGACAUAUAAGUAAAGUGGACAUUGUUUCAUAAUUUAUGUGGUCAAAAUAAUACAGCAUUUCCCGAACAGAAUCGCCUAACCUUGUUCUUUACCUCACACUGUGCACUCAGGUCGCCGAUGAGGGUACAUUAGUGAGGCUCCGACCAAUGGGAGAUGUUGAAUAACAUAGUUCGGUUGACUUAUCGCAAUCGGCUAGUUGGACCGCCAUCUUGGAUCAAGAAAAAGGGGUUUUAAACCCGAUAAAGGAAAACAUCGUUUUUAUUUUUAUGAAUUGGAAAUACUAACAUUUGCCUAUGGGGAAAAUAAUUACAGUAGUCAUGAAAAAGCUGCUGAAUUAGCCGGCGUAAUAGAUUGUCAAGAUAAACCUCUACGUUGACGAAGAAACAACAUUGUAGGGAUUUUUCCUACUUUUAAGUUUUGUUUAUGUUGUUCGAUUCAAACAUGGAUUCUACAGAUCCAGAUAUGUCAGAUGUGCCCUCGCUGACGUUGGGUGCAGCCACUGGGUCCGGCAGUGGAGCUGUGGUCCAGAAAGGCAACAACAAGAGGCGCGCGGUGCCCGAUUUUGAUGACGAUGAUGGAAGCAAACUCUUCAGGUGCGAUGAUGACACAGGAGGAUCCAAUGACAAAGAACGGUUUGCCAGGGAGAACCACAGCGAGAUCGAGCGGCGGCGGCGGAACAAGAUGACGGCGUACAUCACGGAGCUGUCGGACAUGGUGCCCACCUGCAGCGCCCUGGCGCGCAAGCCCGACAAGCUGACCAUCCUGCGCAUGGCCGUGUCGCACAUGAAGACGCUGCGCGGGAGCGGCGGCAGCGGCCCCGACGGCGGCUACAAGCCGUCUUUCCUCACCGACCAGGAGCUCAAGCACCUGGUCCUGGAGGCGGCAGACGGCUUCCUGUUUGUGGUGUCGUGCGAGUCGGGCCGGGUGGUGUACGUGUCGGACUCGGUGACGCCGGUGCUGAACCAGCCGCAGUCCGAGUGGCUGGGCAGCUCGCUGUACGACCAGCUGCACCCCGAGGACACGGACAAGCUGAGGGAGCAGCUGUCCACCACGGAGAGCAGCACCAGCGGUCGCAUGCUGGACCUGAAGACGGGCACGGUGAAGAAGGAGGGCCAGCAGUCUUCGGUCCGGAUGUGCAUGGGCUCCCGCAGGUCCUUCAUCUGUCGCAUGAGGGUUGGCAUGAGUUCCGUGGAGCCGGUGUCCAUGAACCGGCUCAGUUUCCUGAGGAGCAGGAACAGGAAUGGUUUGGGUCCAGCGAAAGAAGGGGAGCCGCAGUAUGUGGUGGUGCACUGUACAGGCUACAUCAAGUCCUGGCCGCCUGCAGGCGUGUCUCUCUCAGAAGAGGAAACGGACACCACCCAGGGAAGCCGCUUCUGUCUGGUGGCCAUCGGGAGGCUACAGGUGACCUGCUGUCCCAGUGACAAUGACAUUAACAACAUCAGCGUUCCCGUGGAGUUCAUCUCCCGCCACAACUGCCAGGGCGUCUUCACCUUCGUGGACCACCGCUGCCUGGCCACCGUGGGCUACCAGCCUCAGGAGCUGCUGGGGAAGGAUAUUCUGGAGCUGGCUCAUCCUGAGGAUCAGGGCCUCCUGAGGGACAGUUUCCAGCAGGUGCUGAAGCUAAAGGGGCAGGUUCUGUCCGUGAUGUUCCGUUUCCAGUCCAAGUCCCGGGAGUGGAUCUGGAUGCGCACCAGCUCCUUCACCUUCCAGAACCCUUUCUCUGAGGAGAUCGAGUACAUCAUCUGCACCAACGCCAACGUCAAUAGGGCCUCGGCUCAGGACCCCCUCACCCCCCUCUCCUCCCCAGGCAUGGCACUGCCCCCCUCGCUGGGGCAGAACAGCCCCAGCUGCCCCCAGGUGCUGAGCCCGGGGCAGGUAUCGGCCAGGCAGCUGCAGCAGCAGCAGGCAGAGCUGGAGGCAGGGGGCAGUAGAGAGGCCAUGUAUGAGUCGAGCCAGGUGACGCUACCACAGGUUCCGGUCCAAGCUGUGACCACAGCGGGACCAGACCACAGUAAGCCCCUGGAGAGAGACCCGCGCUUCUCUGACCUGUUCACAGAGCCAUCAAAGGCUCUUCCUUCCAGUUCUGCCUCAGGACCUCAGCAGAUUUACCCCCAGGGAAACUCCUACACCGCCGCCCGGCCAAACGACUCUUUCAGACCGGUCGGAAUGGCCCAACAGAUGGUGCAGCCCUCGCCGUCGGCCGGACAAAUGCUGGCCCACAUGUCCCGCCAAAAUGCCCCCAACCCCACCUGCCCCUCUGGGGAACCCAGUAAUAACAGCCCCAUUCAGGUCCAGGCAGGAGCGUCAGGGGGGGCAGGGGGUUGGGCUGGAGCCAGACCCCCCUUCAACACUCAGCAGGUGGCAGCACAGACAGGGAAGAUCCAGGCUGCCCAGUUUCCUCUGGGGGGGUUCGCGUCUGGCCCCUCCUCCUCAUCCUCCUCCUCGUUUAACACGAUGACGAGUGCCGCCGCUCCGGCCCCGUCGAACGCUACGACCUACCCGACCGUCAACUCCCGCGGCAACCCCGCUGCCAACGGCUACGCAGAUGGGAAUCAGUCGGUGACGCAGUUCCCCUCCAGAACAGCGGAGGCAGUGUGGCAGGCACAGUGGCAGAACCAGGCCCAUGCACAGGGCACAGCAGAGGCACACCAGCAGUCACAGUCUAACCAGGCUGAAAUCUUCCCGGAUGUGCUCUCCAUGCUCGACCAGUCACCCAGUUUCAACAACGACGACUUCCCGGAGCUCUUCACUCCUUUCAAUGAGUGAACAGGGUUGAAUUUUAACCGUUUGCCUCUUUCUUAACCCCCCCCCCACCCCCCCACCCCUUUCUCUCACCAUCAGAGCUGUUCUGUCUCUCUUAUCAUUUUUGAAAUCAAAUCUGAAGUUGCACUGCCCGCCAGGUACAGGAGGACACAGGGAAGGCAUAAUCAAACGCUGACAGAGAGGCUCGCUAGAGGGACAAGAGACACAAUCAGGUGGAGGGAGGAGACGCAGCGAUAAUCAGUGGAGGAGAGAGCGGCGAUUCGUAGGGCACAGCCAGGUUAAUGGAUUUGCGCUGAAAGUGCGGGAAAUGGCCGCCCUGCUGGCACUGCCCAGGUCUCAGCGGCGAGGCCGCCUGCGCGGAAACGCAGCGCUGAUCUGAGAGGCAGACGCUAACGCUAACGCACAACGCAGCGCUCCCACUGCCGGGACGUCCCGCCGAUGCAGGCCGGCUUCACACGGGCAGUUUUUAGGAAGAUUUUGAUAGAAAUUCUCCUUCAGGUUUUUCCUCUUUCUAAUUCAGAGCAUUACUUUUUAAAGUGUAAAGAGGGUAGAUCUAUAAGAAAGCAUAUAUAAGAGUCCGUCCCUUUUCUUAAAAAAAAAAAAAAAAAAAUAAAAAAAAAAGAUGAAUAACUUUUAAAAAAAUCCUGUGUACCACAUUUGUGUGAACCACAGGAGAUUCUUGUUUUAUGUGAAGAUGUUUCUCUUGUUUGAAGGGUAUUCAGGUUAUAUGAGCUCUAGGGUCAUUUGGAAACUGUCUGCCAGUUUACACUUGCAUGCUCUUAGCUCUCUGUUGUACAAAUGCAAAAACUGGAAAAUACUGAGGUAUGUCAGCCUAUACUCAAUGAUUGUGUGUAUAUAUAUAUAUAUAUAUAUAUAUAUAUAUAUAUAUAUAUAUAUAUACACACUUGUGGUGCAGGUUUUAAUUCAGUUUGUGUUUGAAUUGUGAAGCCGAAACCGUCGCAUGGCUGUGAGCUUUUGCCAGUGUGACCUAAAGGCUGCCAUUGAUGCUACAGCACCGAUUUACACCAGCACUAAGACACGGCCUCGACACGGGUAACCUCGAGCACAAACACACCGGCGCGGGCCAGUUGGCGGCGAGGGUCGUCGCUGUCUGUAACAAGUCGGAUUCAAUGCUUCCUGCCGAUCAUUACAAACACAGGGUCGAUGACAUCACUGCCAACUGAAUUUUAAGAGGAUUGUGCGGUUGGGAUCGCUGUCGGGAUUCCCGCUACGGGACACCAUUCCACCGCCCCUCACUGACGCAUCGCAGGGUCUCUGUAUGUUACCCCUUGCGUACAGCGCAGGCUGGAGGUCACCCGUGUCAGGUUAAGCAUGUUUAGUUGCUCGGAAAGACUUCUGUUUUCGAAUUAACCAAAAUCCGCUGCAGCUCAUCGAGCCCGGGUCAGUCACCCAUGGGCCACGGUGAGGUCAGCGAGUCAGGAACACCCGCUUUCAUUUCCUUCCUUUCCCCCUCACCCUCCUCAUCCUCACCUCUACGUGCACGUCACCUGCUGUAGAGGUACAACCCCCCCCCCCCGGCUGGCUGGCUCCAUGCACAUUUCUCAUAUACUGCAGCCACUUGGGUGCCUACUUCUGUUCAGCAUGUGUUAAACAUCUUUGUUUAACAGAGCUGCGAUUGGCAACCCUUGUUAACUAGACACACACCACCUGCUGCUGAAUGGUACAGUACCAAACCGUAUGCAUAUGUGACGGCAAUGAAGAAUCAUGCAAUCAUGUGGUUUUUGUGAUCUCCAUUUUGUGGUAGAGAAUCCGGUAUUACUUUACUCGACGCACGUGCAUGCUUGCACACGUACAGUGACUUGGCAAGCACCAUUAUGUAAAACUAUGUUCUGUAUUAUGAAACGUGUAACGAGUCCUUACGCCUACCUUUUUACCGUCAAUUUGGAGUGUCCAGUCAUUAAUGCCGGCCCUUUUCCACCUCAAAGUGAAAGUGCAUGGAGCCACGGGUGUCAUUACAAAAAAAAAGUGUAAUUUCUGUCGCUUAAAACCUGCAGUCAAAAUGCUUUCUUUUUUUUUUUUUUUUGUGAAGGUGUAUGUCGACUGGUGCUUUGUCCGCAUGCCAUAUUUUCAUUGGUUAGGUCUGCAGGUGUUCCUAUUACCUGAAUGCAGCUAAUUCAAGAGGUCGUGGAUGAAUCUUCCAGCAGCCAAUUCAGUCGAUUCAUAUGAAAUAUGAGAUGAAAUACACUUUAGUAUGCAACUGUAUAACCUUAACGUGUGUAUGUUAUGUAUUUGCAUACAUAAUAUACACACACGCUCAUGCACACACGCACAUGAUUUUAUUAGUGUUUUGUCUGUUUUGAUUCCUCAUCCUUUUUCCUGUGAAAACGGCACACUCUCCUCACCCUUUAAUGUGUGGGCUUUUCUUUUUUACUCUGAAAAUCAAGAGACUUUGUUUAAAAAAAAAUAAAAAAUAAAUCAAAACGAUAAAAAUAUUGAAUGAAAGCAAUAAUUAUCAGCAGGAAAUACAUAUUUUAAAGCCAUUCAUGUUGUUAUUGUAAGUGUUAUGACUUUUAAUACGGAACAGGAGAUGAGUGUUCACUUCAGGUAUUUCAGGUGUGCUGAAUUUGGUGCCCGUUCGUUCUCCAUGGCACAGCCUAGUGUGUUUGAGCGAAGGCCUGGGAUAGUCCUGGUCCUGAUCCAAGAUGGAUGUUUGUUUUCGUUUGGUCUGGUAAUGGAACAUUAUCUGGAGAGAAGCUUUACUCACACUUUAAUGAGCUGUGGAAGGCAGGGUGUCCAGUGCUCUGCGUUGGAAGCUGAGCUAAGCAGUGCUGACCUGACUCACCCGGGCCACACUGGCUUUAAGGGCUAGGUAGGGGUAGGUAUGAAUUUACGAAAUGUACUGAAAUCCUGAAUUGUAUAAAUUGCAUUGCGAUUAUUAUGCCCCUUUCCCAUUCCCAAGUCUGAUCAUUGUUAUAUAUGUGGAUGUGAGGAUGUGAACGCGAAUGCAUAAACUCGCCUGCAUAUUCUUUUCCUGUAAAAUACAUGUAUACUUGCCGUUUGUGUCAAUAGUUUUAUUUUUCAUUUUGGAAGAGGGCAGUAUUCUUGUGACUUCUGUUGUGUUGUUUUGUUUUAAACCACUUGGGGUGUUCCAUGUCAUGGUUUUUACAAUGUGAAUUGCAGUUUAUAUAUUAUGCAUAGAUACACAAAUUAUGACUAUAUAUAACAAAAAUGUUAUAAAAGAGUAAAGAGAAUGUUCAAGGGUUUUUUUUGUAUUAAAUUGUUGUAUUGUCCAGAAACAA